AUGAGUAUCUUAGUGAUGCUUUGUGUCAGUUCACUUUUAGCGUUAGCUAUGAUGCCCGGGAUGCAUGUAAUGGCUUACCCGUCGGGUCCACCUGUUGCUGUUGCGGGGGUAUGUCAAAAUAUGGAACCUUCAGGCCACAGGCCAAGAACGUCUAGUGGUAGAGCACCGUAUACUAUCAUGAUCAGCAGCGAUACAUACGGCAAUAAGAAAUCAAUUGAUGUAACGGUGCAGGCCAACAGGGGCUACGCGUUCUCAGGGUUGUUUGUACAGGCUCGUCGCCAGGCAACAGGACGAGAUAUCACUGAGGCUUUGGGAGAAUUUACUUCAGUCUCCAGCGGUACUAAGUUUAUCACAUGCGUAACUGUUGCAAGUGCUUGGGGACACAACAGCAAUGCACCCAAGACCGCCGUAACAGCUUCGUGGACACCGCCUUCUUCGAACCAGGGACCUAUCAUUUUCAAGGCCACGAUUGUUAAAGGGCCAGCAAGUGAGUUUUGGACGAAUGUGGAAUCUCCAAUCAUUUAUUUUUCGAAUGGAAAAGACGAGGAACCAACCACACUUUCAGGCACUACCUCUGGACGUGGAUGUGACGUUAACUCAAGUGCUCUGUUCCCGCAGUGCUUGAGUUUGAGUCGGACCACGUUUGUGCUGCUUGCCUUCACUGCCAUCCUCGUUGCCGCCUGGACAACUCGUCACCAAUAGCGCCCUCAGUGCCAGUAGAAUAAUAAUACUAAUAAUAAUAUGGGUAUUUAUAUAGCGCCUUUAACACAGAUCAAAGCGCUGAACAAUGAAUAAAACAAGAACAAAGCGAGGAAGGAGAGACAAACAGAACAACAAAAAGGAUUAAUGACGAGGCUGAUUGAAGAAGUAGGUUUUGAGUUUUGUUUUGAAAAUGGCAGUUGAAGAUGAUUCCCUGAUGAGUUUGGGUAACUUAGAAAGUAGAACUAAUGUUUUAGACCUAGUCAUUUAUUUUCGCUCGGCCCCAGCGGCCAGUCUAUCCAGAACCGCUGGGAUGGGCUAAUCGCUUGCACAGAUUCUUGUGCAGAAAGUACCUCACGUAUGCAGUGCAUAGAAAUAUGGCGCAGUGUG